AUGGACAACACUCUGUUGCUCAACACCAUUGUGCGUUUCUACAGCUACACAUGUCCACGCAAUUUGGCAUUCUGGAAGGCACUCGACUGUUAUGUCAUCUUCUCUAACAUCAAUUCAAGUCUUGAGUGUGAGCUCCCGAAGCGUAGCUUGGCUCGAAUUCCAGCGCCAACCUUUUCAACUGGUGUCAAUGGCAGCAACAAUGUCGAGAAUCGUCUCAAACGCGUGGAACAGAUGGUUGCCAAGCUCUCUGAAGCAGUCUUUCCACAUUCCGAAUCGAACCUGAGUGGAAUCAAUGUCGAUGACUCGAAAAGUCCUGAUGGCCCCGCGGAGGAACAUACGACAGAUGCAGCCAUCGCACACAACUACCCCAAACCAGUAGAGAUCCUUCAAGACCUGCAGUCAGAGUUGUAUGCUCAGUCAGGCCAAUCUGCUUCGGAUGAUGUCAACGGUCUUGAUGUAGUCUCUCUGGGUAUCCUGCCUCUCGGAACUGCGGUUCAGCUACUUCGAACGUCCAUCGACAGGUACAGCAAAUGGAUCCCUGUAGCUGAUAUUGUGAAGUUCGUCAGUAACGUGUCACGGAGUCUCUCCCGCAGCUCACCUCUCCUGAUGAGUGUGCUCUGCUUACUGGCAACACGUUACCACCCCGAGAUCUCUUCUCAAACAGUACAAGAUAUGUACAAGCACGUGAAGCGCCUCGUUGCGGAUGCAGUCGUAGCGACACCUCCUGUUGCAAGCAGUGUCAUCCAAGCACUGACCUUGCUCUGUUUAUUCAGCCCUGCUGUACAAACUGAUAAGCCCCUGGACAGCUGGCACUUGAGUGCUAGCACAGCGAACCAUGCAGUUGUCGCUUUCGGGCCAAGCAACGUCAAACAACCAGGUGUAACCGAAGAGCGGACCAUUGAGCAGUUGCGCGUCUGGAGUGGGCUGUGUCUGACUCAUUUACAAUACUCUAUUGGCAAUGGUCGACCUCUGGGUAUCUCAAUUCGACUCAUGGACGGCUGUCGUCGUCUACUGGAACAGCCUACGAUCAUGCCGUUCGACACACCGUUGAUAGCCGAGCUACAGUUCUAUAUCUGCCUUCACACAGCUUUACAGAAUCCUACAGCGACUGCAGACUCCGCGUUCACGCCCUGGGACGUUGCAUGGAGCCGCUUCCUCACUAGCUCGGGCCCGCCAAGGACUCUCGAGUUGUCUCAUUGGUUUGGCCAUUUAUUGCUUCACCGUCGCAAUGCCUCUUCUCACCAGGACUUAUCACCGCAAGGCAUGCAGGAGAAAAACAUACCGGCUUGGCGAGAAAGUGCGAAUAUUGUCUCGCAAUUUGUGCGUCACUCCGCAGACCAAGCGCCUGACCUACCCGACUUCGCAUUCUUUAUCGCAUCGUACGCUGCACUAGUGCUUUGUGAAAGCGCAAUCGACCAUCACCUGGUAGAAAACCUACGAGCAUAUCUUUUCCAAGUCGCGUGCGGUGAGUCGCACAUUGCAUUCAAGCAUGCAUUCAUUGUACAGCGUGCAUUGGAAAGAUCAAGGCAUGCAGAACCAAGCGGAGAAGAUAGCACAAAUGGUGUUCAAGAGGUACCGCCUCAUACUACUGAGACGCCGUUGCCUUCUCAAGUCAUGGGAAUGGGCGACUUCGAUGCCUUGGCUGGCUUCGACAUCUUUGGCGAGUACUUCACGGUUGAAAGUCUGCUGUGA